AUGACGGUGGGAAGCUCGCAGAGACGCUCGGGCGGAUUGUUCGGUAAGCCAGAGCGCACGAUAGUGUCGCGACCAACCGAGCUCGCCGAUGGUCCAAAGUUACCCGACUGGAACUAUAAGCGGCCGUUUCUCACGGGCGCGCAUCUCGGGAGUGGGGCGGAGCAAGACAGAAACGUCAAGGCGUUGAGCGAUUACGGCACCGCCGAGCAAGAGUUGCUGGUUUUAGAUGAUUUGUUAUACGCGAUGAUGGGCGUCGACGGGCGAUACAUCAGCGCGUGGAAGGGCACAGACGACGAGACGAGCUCGGGUUUUGAGGUUGAGCUGGGGCUCGAGGCGCCGCUCGCGGCGUUGGUUAAGAAUAUGCUUCCGUUGUGCUCGGACGCGGCGACCGUGCGUGCCUUCAUCGAAUCUCGGCAUGAGUUCAAGCAUGGCUACGUAUCCCACGCGUUAGCGGCGGAAAUGCGCGAUUUGCUGAACGAUUGGCACACGUUGAUCGUGCAGCUCGAGCACCAACGCAACAUCGGCUCACUUUCACUUCAGGCGGCGUGGUUUUAUUGUCAACCCGCCGCGCCGGCUUUGCGCCUCAUGGCGAGCGUGGCGAGCAGAGCGUACCAUUUGAAAGGUGCGAGCAUACUCAAUCUGUUGCACCGAGAAGGCUGCGAACACGCUGGCGAUGGUGCGGUGUCGGCUUUGGUGCAGCGUUUGAGCAAAGCGACUUCGGCGCCGUACAGCCGCGCCAUCGAGCUGUGGGUUUACGAUGGACAAGUCGACGAUCCUUACGACGAGUUUUUGAUCGUUGAGCAACGUGAGAUGAAGAAAACGUCUCUGGCCGAUGAUUAUAACUCGGCGUAUUGGACGAAACGCUAUUCCCUUCGCGAGGAGAUUCCGCAAUUCAUAGGGAAACAACUUGCGCAAAAAAUACUCACCACGGGGCGCUAUUUGAACGCGGUGCGUGAGACCAAGGUGUCCGCGAUUGCCGAGCUCCCAGCGAAGCCGAGAGACGGGCUCGGUAAGAUGUACUUCGGGCCGAACAUGAUCAUCGGCACGGGGAAGUACGCGGAUCGCAUUGACGAUAGAUUUGAGCACGCUUCGCGCAAAUUGUUACAAAUCAUGUGGGAAGACGGCGAGUUGAAAUCACGACUGAUGAGCAUGAAGAUGUACUUCUUGCUCGCUCGAGGAGAUUAUCUCGUGCAUUUCCUAGACACCGCGGCGUCUGAGUUGGAAAAGGACGCAGAUGACAUUCGUCUGCCCAAGCUUCAAACGCUUUUGGAUAUCGCCGUGAAGUCGUCCAGCACGGCGACCGACCACCACGGCGACGACUUGUUAUGCUCUAUCGACGGUCACGGUCUAUCGAGACAACUUUCCAGCAUUGAUGAUGACGACUCUGCCGCUGUGACUCCUUCGAAAGCCACCGGUGACGGGGACGAGCUUUCUGGAUUCGAUGCCUUCGUGCUCGAUUACGACACGCCUUGGCCGGCGAGCGUCGUGCUCAACCGUCGUGCCGUGACAAAGUAUCAAAUUCUUUUCAGACAUCUGUUCAAUUUCAAGUGCGCCGAACGCGAACUUUGUGCGGGUUGGCAGCGUCUGCAAGUCAUGCGCGGCGCGCAACUCGGUCGCAUGUUCGCCCAGGCCCACACGCUCACGCAGCGAAUGUUGAACUUUUUGCAAAACUAUUUGUACUACAUCACGAAUGAGGUCAUCGAGCCUCAUUGGGAUAGGAUGAUCGCGCGCGUGGACGACGCGCAGUCCGUGGAUGAACUGAUCGCCGGACACGAUGCGUUUUUGGAGGCCUGCAUGAAGGAUGCGAUGUUGUUCUGGCCCAAGAUUUUGAAGCGUUUGGAGCGCGCGCGAGCGGCGUGCUUGCGCUUUGCCCGGGACAGCCAGCGUUUCGCAGACACCAUCGAACGGUUGAAGGAGAAUAGCAUGGACGCUAUGACGGCGGAUAGAUUGGUCGCAUUGGAGGAAGAGAUCGAAGCCGUGACGAGCGAUACGCGGUCGCAGUUCCGGCACUUCCUCGGCGAUUUAUUAAACGCUCUGAACGACGCCGGCGACGUCGACACCAACGUUGCGAGUCUGUUAUCGCGACUCGACUUCAACGGCUACUAUGGAAUUUAG